CCGAGCCACGACAGUGCGACCACCUGCCACUACCUCCUCCAGGGUCUCCGUCUCGUCUACUCCGACCUCCUCCGUCGGACCGGUUCGUUCCUUCCCCCGCCGAGCUCGGCCGAGUCGUGCUGGACGGCUUACCAGUCUUCGAUCGUCGGAUUUCUUCGCGGCUUCGACAUCAGGUCUUCGUGCGGAUUCCAGACGCCGUGGAUUUCCGAGGGAUGCAUGAACAUCACUACUCGAUCCCAAUUCGAAAACCUAAUUCCCAAUUCCACGUUAAACGCCACCGUUUCGCGCUGUAACCUCUCCCUGGAGAGCAACACCCCUUGCGCCUCCUGCACUCAGAGCUUGUCCGCAUUUCAGGCGUCCCUGACGGGACCUUCCGUCGGAAAUGUCUCCGAUUGUUCAGCUUAUCCGUCCAUUUACGCCGCUGCUUUCGCCAACAUGUACGGCCCCACCGAUAAGGGUACUGCAAAAUGCUUGUUUCAGCUCGAUUUCGCUUCCAGCAGCUCUGGGAAUGGAAAAAAGGUGAUAAUACCCGUUGCUUUGUCGGGUUUCUUCGUUGCUUCUGCCUUGAUCUCCGCUUGGUUCUGGUUUCUCCGGCGGAAAAGGAAGAACUUUAAGCACAGGAAGAUGAAGCGAGACAGGAUCAGCGGUUUAGAAACGGGUUAUCAGUCCCGACUGGAUUCGAUCAGCGAGAGCACCACUCUUGCGAAGUUCACGCUGGAAGAGAUCAAGAAAGCUACGAACAAUUUCUCACGACACAACAUCAUAGGCAGGGGAGGGUAUGGGAAUGUCUUCAGGGGGGUGUUGCCCGACGGCUCGGAGGUCGCAUUCAAGAGGUUCAAGAACUGUUCGGCUGGCGGUGACGCAAACUUCGCCCACGAAGUCGAGGUUAUCGCGAGCAUACGCCACGUGAACCUCCUGGCGCUGAGAGGAUAUUGUAUAGCAACCACGCCAUUGGAGGGUCACCAGAGGAUAAUAGUGUGUGAUCUGGUGAAGAAUGGUAGUCUUCAUGACCACCUUUUCGGAGAUAUGGAGAAUAAGCUUUCUUGGCCACUGAGGCAGAGGAUCGCGCUUGGGAUGGCCAGAGGACUGGCUUAUCUACACUACGGCGCACAACUCGCUAUCAUCCACAGGGACAUUAAGGCCAGCAACAUACUGUUGGAUGACAAGUUUGAAGCCAAGGUUGCUGAUUUUGGGCUGGCAAAGUUCAAUCCUGAAGGAAUGACGCAUAUGAGCACGCGGGUCGCCGGCACAAUGGGAUAUGUAGCUCCUGAGUACGCCUUGUACGGACAGCUGACUGAGAGAAGCGACGUGUACAGCUUUGGGGUGGUGUUGCUGGAGCUUCUAAGCGGGAGAAAAGCGAUUGUGAUGGAUGAAGAGGGGCAGCCACUGUCUGUGGCAGACUGGGCAUGGUCGCUGGUGAGGGAAGGCCGGACGCUGGAUGUGGUGGACGAUGAGUUACCGGAGAAGGGACCUCCGGAGGUUAUAGAGAAGUAUGUGUUGAUUGCUGUAUUGUGUUCGCAUCCGCAGCUAUACGCAAGGCCAACCAUGGAUCAGGUUGUGAAACUGCUUGAGAGCAAUGACAUGGCUGUUCCAACUGUACCCGAGCGACCGAUCCCUCUGGUAGCUCGUAUGGAGGAGAUCACAAAAUCCAUAAGUAGCAGCAGCGGGUCUGGAAAGCUGUCGAGCCCAACGGGUUAUCAGGCAUUCUCAUUCGGAUGUGAAGGGUCUUCAGGAAAUGGCCAAGAAGCACCAGUCUAAAUGUUUCACGCUAAUAUUUUUUUGCUGCAUAGAGCUAGAGAGAUGUCCUGUCUUUCUGAAGGCUGGAACAGGGGCAAAACGAAACUUGUAAAUAACAAAGUGUACAUUCUUCCCAUUCUUUUGUGAGCAUAUUUAUUGAUUCUGUUUUUUUUUAUAUAUAAAUGAAUUUGUGUUUCUCUCUGA